UAGUUUUAUCAACUAGAGAAUCAAUGUCCGGUCGAGGAAAGCAAGGAGGUAAAGUAAGGGCGAAGGCCAAAUCUCGUUCUUCACGAGCCGGCCUACAAUUCCCAGUAGGUCGUGUGCACCGUCUUCUCCGCAAAGGCAAUUAUGCUGAGCGGGUGGGGGCUGGCGCCCCGGUCUAUAUGGCUGCGGUGCUGGAGUAUCUGACUGCUGAAAUACUGGAGUUGGCUGGCAACGCUGCUCGGGACAACAAGAAAACCAGGAUCAUUCCCCGUCACCUGCAGCUCGCCAUCCGAAACGACGAGGAGCUCAACAAGCUGUUGGGGAAAGUCACGAUCGCUCAAGGGGGUGUCUUGCCCAAUAUCCAGGCCGUGCUGCUGCCCAAGAAGACUGAGAGCCAUAAGGCGAAGAGCAAGUAAAAGUGACCAUAUACUAAAUCAACCCAAAGGCUCUUUUCAGAGCCACCCACAGUAGCAGAAAAAGAGUUGAGUUCCUAAUACACUAAUCCAUUAUAUACACUUCAAAAACCAGAAGUUCUGAGUAGUUUAAAAUGAAGAAAAUAUGGAAUAAUAAAGAAAUAUGUGCCUUGA